GAAGAAGAAGGAGUCGACGACGAAAAGUGCGACGGAAGCGACGUCGCCAAGUUUCUUCUGAAAAAUAAAUAAAUAAAUAAAAGGCUCAGCGAUGGAGACGGGCGAGACAGGGAGAGCCGGCUGGAAGUUCAAACCCGCUCAGAACAAGAACAAGAUGAGCAUGAACAUCCUGCGCCAGGAGGAGCUCAUCGCGCAGAAGAAACGGGAGAUUGAGGCCAAGAUGGCUGAGCAGGCCAAGAACUCCCAGCAGACGCCGAACAAGCCGGCGCCCCCGAGCUCCCCCAGUUUGCAAGCAUCCACAUCCAACAAGUUUGUUAACGAUGGCAGCUUCCUGCAACAGUUUCUCAAGAUGCAGAAAGAGAAAUCUGGCCCUGAUGCAGGUUCCAACAGCGACUGCAGCGGAGGGACAGACUCAACUGCAGGGCCGUCACCAGGGAGCGCUCAGACGCAGAGAAAGAAUAUCCUCAUCGGGAAGCGGCCCGGCUUGGGCAUCAGCAGCAUGCUGAAUCAGUUCAAGAACUACUCCCAAUGCAAGAAGACCCCACCGCGUCCGCCACGACCCGGUGUCUUCGUCUCGCCAGAUGAUGAGGAUGAGGAGAUGGAUGACUCCCAUUUCCUGGAGGUCAAAGUUCCCCCCCCAGAGGACCCCGAGGUUCGGACUGUCCUGGACAAGAUGGCUGCAUUUGUGGCAGAGGGGGGGCCUGAGCUGGAGCGCAAAGCCAUGGAGGACUACAAGGACAACCCCUUGUUCUCGUUCUUGUACGAUAAGAACAGUAGGGACUAUUUGUACUACAGACGGAGAGUUGCUGAAAUAAGGAAGGAAAACCCCAAAGCAGAGACGAACUCCCGCUUCAAUGUCUCCCCCCCAGUGGACGAGGACACCCGGCAGGUGGCCGAGAAGCUGGCCAGGUUUGUGGCCGAUGGCGGCCCCGAGGUGGAAGCCAUCGCUGCCCAGCACAACCGUGACAACCCAGCCUUCAGAUUUUUGUAUGAGCCAAACAGUGCCGCCCACCGCUUUUACAAAGACAAGGUGGUGGAGUUCCGGAGGGGCAAAAAGGGAGAGAGCCCGCCUCCCCAGCCUACGGAGGCCGCUGCAGGAAAAAAGAGGCCGGCUGCUCUGCCCCCUCAGCAUAUGCAGCCUGUUAGCACAACAAAUCAGUCUCCCACAACCCAGCAUUUUGAGUCCGCUGGUACUAAGAGGAAGAGGAAAAGCCGUUGGGGGUCAGAAGAUGACCGCGUAGAGAUCCCUCUGCCUUCCAUUGUGGUUCCAUCUGAACCAGAGACAGAAACACCCUCCCUCUCUGCCCAGGAGCUCAGGGGUCUGGGCUACAAAAAGGGCAAGCCGGUGGGCCUGGUUGGUGUGACCGAGCUCUCUGAGGACCAGAAGAAGCAGCUUAAAGAGCAGCAGGAGAUGCAGGAGAUGUUCGACAUGAUCAUGAAGCAUAAGCGCGCCAUGCAGGAGAUGCAAGUGAUGUGGGAGAAGGCUGUGCGCGAUCACCAGCACGAGUACGACAGUGACGAGGAGAUCGACGGUCGUGAGGGUACCUGGGAACACCGUCUGCGGAAGAUGGAGAUGGAGAAGACACGCGAAUGGGCCGAGCAGCUGACCGAGAUGGGAAAGGGCAAGCACUUCAUCGGUGACUUCCUGCCUCCGGAGGAGCUUGAGAAGUUUAUGGAGACCUUCAAGGCCCUGAAGGAAGGACGGGACCCAGAUUACUCGGAGUACAAGGAGUUCAAGCUGACCGUAGAGAACAUAGGCUUCCAGAUGCUGAUGAAAAUGGGCUGGAAGGAGGGGGAGGGCCUUGGCUCUGACGGACAGGGCAUCAAGAACCCAGUGAACAAGGGAACCACAGCCGUCGAUGGUGCUGGGUUUGGGGUCGACAGGCCCGCAGAGCUGACUGGAAAUGAUGAUGAGUACGAUGCUUUCCGAAAAAGGAUGAUGUUGGCCUAUCGGUUCAGGCCCAACCCCCUGAAUAAUCCAAGACGACCAUACUACUGAAGAAGGAAAAAGCAGUGCAUCUUCGAUAUUGCUCCCUUUUUUAGAAGUGUCAGCAAAUGUGGCAAAUGGCUAUGAGAGACUUGAGUCGGUGGUGUUUGGUCAGCGGUUCAGCCCCCAGGAAAGACCACCACAGAUGUGGCUAUCAAAACAGAUGUAAAACCUCUUGCUUCUCUGGUAAUCUAAAGAAUGAGAUGGUAUUCAUACCUUGCUGCGAUAGAAAGAAUCAAAAAGUGACUAAGAACUGGACUUCUUGGACCCACACCUUUGAACAUACUGCACUGUAUGGGAUUAAAGCCCUUGGUUACAGAAAACCUUUGUCUGCGAAUCUACAGGGAUCAGCAAAAGUGGCAAGAGCAUUUUUUAAAAUUCACUUAGUGCUGAGACUGUUCAUAGCCCACGGCAAUCACUGGUUAAUUCAAAAUAUAAAUACUUUUUAAAAUAAGACCAUUGUUUGGCAUUGCUCUUUGAUGUGUAACAACAUUCAUAAAUUCCUAGCAACCAAAACAAAACAGUUUACACCAAGUGAAUGUACCUUUUGUUGUAUUUUUAUGAGUUUUAGCACUGUUCUGGAUGUUAGUACAAUAGCAUAUGUGUCAAGCUUGUAGGUUUGCCUGCAUAAUUGGAAUAACCAUUGUUUGUGUAAACUCUGCAGUUAACAAUAAAAAUGUAUCUGCCGUGAAAUGUUUGUGCGCCAUUU